AUGUCCAACUUUUCUCAACACCCCAGGACUCAAAUCUCGCUGCUCAUCUACAACAUUACAUACUAUUCUAACCCCUCGGCUCUCAAAAAUUCCCCUAAACCUCCUCAAACUGCGGGAAUGCGCGAUUUACACCAUUUCACGGCUCGACGUGAACAACUCCAAAUUGCCGACUUUUCCUUGCACCACGGCACAUCAUCUCUUCAACCACGCAUCACUACAUCUAUACGCAUCCGCCAAACCGCCUCAAAUGGCGAGUAUGCAGCAAACGGCCGCGGUACGCAUGCCACGUUGUUAUUACACUCCCGUACGGUAUCCAAUCAAGUCCGUUCUUCUGGCCUCUGGAGCACCGAGUCACAACGUUAUUCGCGAGCCGAAGAGUGCUAG